CCUCCAGCCAUGAAGCUCCUCUGGGGGCUGAUGUGGGCCUCCAGCUUCUUCGCCUUGUCAAUACAAGAGCCUAGGUUGCUCCUGUUUUCCCCUUCUGUGGUUCACCUGGGGGUCCCUCUGUCGGUGGGGGUGAAGCUUCAUGAUUUCCCCCCAGGCCAGGAAGUGAAAGGAUCAGUGUAUCUGAGAAAUCCAGGUAACUUAAACAUCCCCUGCUCCCCAAAGGUGGACUUCACCCUCAGCUCAGAAAUAGACUUCAUACUCCUCAGCCUCCAGAUCUCUGUGGAAAAUGCCCAGACCUGUGGCCUUUAUCGCCUCCGCAGGGGACCUCAGGUGCAACUGGUGGCCCAGUCAUCAUGGCUGAAGAACUCUAACCCCAAAACUACAGACAUUCAGGGUGUCAACCUGCUCUUCUCUUCUCGCCGGGGCUACCUCUUUCUGCAGACUGACCAGCCUGUUUAUAAUCCUGGUCAGCAGGUCCGGUACCGGGUGUUUGCACUGGAUCAAAAGAUGCGCCCGUCCACUGACACCCUCAUUGUCACUGUGGAGAAUUCUCAGGGCCUCCGUGUGCGUAAGAGGGAGAUCUUCUCUCCCACAUCCAUCUUCCAGGAUAUCUUUGUGAUCCCAGACAUCUCAGAGCCAGGGACUUGGAAGGUCUCAGCCCAAUUCUCAGAUGCCCCAGAAUCCAACAGCAGUACCCAGUUUGAAGUGAAGAAAUAUGUUCUUCCCAACUUUGAGGUGAAGAUCAUCCCUGUAAAACCCUACAUCCUGAUAGCACCUGGCUUUUUUGGUGAAGUCCAGUUAGACAUCCAAGCCAGGUACAUCUAUGGGAAGCCAGUGCAGGGGGUGGCAUAUGUGCGAUUUGGGAUCCUAAAUGAGGAUGGUGAGAAGAAGUUCCUUCGGGGACUGGAAAAUCAGACCAAGCUGAUCAAUGGCCAGAGUCACAUUUCCCUCUCAGAAGCUGAGGUCCAGGGGGCCCUAGCGAAGCUUAAUAUUAAUAUCUCUGACCUCCCCGGGCUGCGCCUCUAUGUUGCAGCAGCCAUCAUCGAAUCUCCAGGUGGGGAGCUGGAGGAGGCUGAGCUCACAUCCUGGCGUUUUGUGUCAUCUCCCUUCUCCUUGGAUCUUAGCAACACCAAGCGCCAUCUUGUGCCUGGAGCCCCCUUUUUGUUGCAGGCUCAGGUACGUGACAUGUUGGGCUCCCCAGCUGCUGACACUCCUGUCAAAGUGUCUGCCAAGUUUUCUUCUGGGUCUGCUUUUGAAGCCCAGGACUUUGAACAGAAAACAGAUGAUAAUGGUCAAGUCAACAUUCACAUCAACAUCCCUCAGACCAUCCAAGAAUUGCAGCUCUUGGUAUCUGCAGGCUCCCCGUAUCCAGAUGUGGCCAGGCUCACUGUGAUGGCUCCGUCCUCACAAAGCUCCAGCGGGUUUCUGUCUAUUAAUCGGCUCCAGCUUUGGCCCCCUCGCGUCGGGGACACUUUCAACCUGAACCUGCGAGCUGAGGGCAUCAGCGGGGCCACCUUCUCUCAUUACUACUACAUGAUCCUGUCCCGUGGUGAGAUUGUGUCUGUUCACCGAGAGCCCAGGAGGACCGUGACCUCAGUCUCUGUGUAUGUGGACCAUCACCUGGCACCAUCCUUCCACUUUGUGGCCUUCUACUACCACAGGAACGUCCUUGUUGCCAAUUCCCUGCGCGUGGCUGUCCAGGCUGGAGCCUGUGAGGGCAAGCUGGAGCUGACUGUGGACGGUGCUAAGGAGUAUCAUCCUGGGGAGUCUAUCAAGUUCCACCUGCGGACAGACUCCCCAGCCCUGGUGGCGCUGGGAGCUGUGGACACGGCCCUGUAUGCUGUGGGCAGCAGGUCCCACAAACUCCUUAACAUGGGCAAGGUCUUCGAAGUUAUGAACAGCUAUGACUUGGGCUGCGGUCCAGGUGGUGGGGACACAGCCCUUCAGGUGUUUGAGACAGUGGGUCUGGCCUUUUCUGAUGGAGUACAGAUGACCUCACCCAGAAACAGUCUGAGCUGCCCCCAGGAGAAAACCCGGAAAAAGAGAAACGUGAACUUCCAAAAGGCCAUUACUGAGAAACUGGGUCAGUAUACUUCCCCAACAGCCCGGCGUUGCUGCCAGGAUGGGCUGACCCGGCUGCCCAUGUCACGCUCCUGUGAACAGCGAGCAGCCCGUGUGCCACAAUCAGCCUGCAGGGAGCCCUUCCUGUCUUGCUGCCAGUUUGCUGAGAACCUACGCAAGAAGGCCCGAAUUAGGGGCCAGGUGGGCCUUGCCCGAGCCAUGCAGGCACUGCAAGAGGAGGAACUGAUAGAGGAAGAUGACGUUCUUGUGCGCAGCUUCUUCCCGGAGAACUGGCUGUGGAGACUGGAGAAAGUGGAGCGCUCUAAGACAUUAAUGCAGCUUCUCCCUGACUCUUUGACCACAUGGGAGCUCCAUGGCGUGAGCCUGUCCCAGAGCAAAGGCCUGUGUGUGGCCACACCGGUCAGAGUACGAGUAUUCCGAGAUUUCCACCUGCACCUCCGCCUGCCCACUUCUGUCCGCCGCUUUGAGCAGCUCGAGUUGCGGCCUGUGCUUUACAACUACAAGGAUACAGACCUGACUGUGAGCGUCCACAUAGCCCCAGUGGAGGGGCUGUGCCUGGCUGGGGGUGGAGGACUGGCUCAGCAGGUUCUGGUGCCUGCUGGCUCUGCCCGGCCUGUGGCCUUCUCCAUGGUGCCCAUGUCGGCUGCUGCUGUGUCCCUGAAGGUGGUGGCUCGAGGAUCCCUCGAUUUCCCUGUGGGGGAUGCAGUGUCUAAGGUUCUGCAAAUUGAAAAGGAAGGCGCCAUCUGCAGGGAGGAGAUUGUCUAUGCACUCAAUCCCCUGGACAAUCGAGCCCGCACCUUGGAAAUUCCUGGCAACUCUGAUCCUAAUAUUAUCCCUGAUGGAGAGUUCAGCAGCAUUGUCAGGGUCACAGCCUCAGAUCCACUGGAGACUUUGGGCUCUGGGGGGGCCUUGUCCCCAGGAGGCCUGACCUCCCUACUGCGGCUGCCUCAGGGCUGCGGUGAACAAACCAUGAUCUUCUUGGCUCCUACACUGGCCGCUUCCCGCUACCUGGAUGAGACCGAGCAGUGGAACAUGCUGCCCCCCGAGACCAAGGAUCAUGCUGUGGAUCUGAUCCAGAAAGGCUAUAUGCGGAUCCAGACGUUUCGGAAACCAAAUGGUUCCUAUGGGGCUUGGUUACACCGGGACAGCAGCACCUGGCUCACAGCCUUUGUGUUGAAGGUACUGAGUAUGGCCCAGGAGCAGGUGGGUGGCUCACCUGACAAUCUACAGCAGACGGCCGAGUGGCUACUGUCCCAGCAACAGCCUGACGGUUCCUUCCACGACGCAUGUCCUGUGUUGCAUAGGAACAUGCAGGGGGGCUUGGUAGGGGAUGAUGAGACUGUGGCACUCACAGCCUUUGUAGUCAUCGCCCUGCAUCAUGGACUGGCCAACUUCCAGGACAGGAGUUCUGAGGAGUUCAAGCAGAGAAUGGAAAACUCCAUCUCAAGUGCAAAUUCAUUCUUGGGGAAGCAAGCGAGUGCUGGGCUUCUAGGGGCCCAUGCGGCUGCCAUCACAGCCUACACCCUGACGCUGUCCAGGGCCUCCCAGGACCUGCAGAAUGUGGCCCACAAUAACCUCAUGGCCAUGGUUCAGGAAACUGGUGAUAACCUGUAUUGGGGCACAGUUGCCGGGUCUCAGAACAAUAUCGUGUUGCCCACCCCUGUUCCCCGCAAAUCGUCAGACCCUGUGCCUCAGGCCCCCGCCGUGUGGAUUGAAACCACGGCCUACGGCCUGAUGCACCUGCUACUUCGAGAGGGCAAGGCUGAGAUGGCCGACCAGGUUGCAGCCUGGCUUACCCACCAGGGCAGCUUUCAGGGGGGAUUCCGCAGCACCCAGGACACAGUCAUCGCCUUGGAGGCCCUGUCUAAAUAUUGGAUCGCCUCCCACACCACUGAGGAGAAGGAGCUCAGUGUGACCCUCAGCUCCACCGGCCGCAGUGGCUUUAAGUCUCAUGUGCUCCAGCUGAACAACCAUGAAGUCCAGGGCCUGGAGGAGAAGCUGCAGUUUUCCUUGGGCAGCAAAAUUAAUGUGCAGGUGGAAGGAAACAGCAAAGGCACCUUGAAGGUCCUUCGUACCUACAAUGUCCUGGACAUGAAGAACACCACCUGCCAGGAUCUUCAGAUUGAAGUCACGGUCAUGGGCCAUGUUGAGUACAUGAUGGAGGCAAAUGAGGACUACGAGGACUAUGAGUAUGAUGAGCUUCCAUCGAGGGAUGACCCAGACGUCCAUUCGCAGCCUGUGACGCCCCUGCAGCUGUUUGAGGGACGGAGGAACCGUCGCAGGAGGGAGGCCCCCAAGGUGGAGGAGGAGCAGGAGUCCCGAGUACAGUACACCGUGUGUAUCUGGCGGAACAGCAAGACGGGACUCUUUGGGAUGGCUAUCGCAGACAUCACCCUACUGAGUGGAUUCCAUGCCCUGCGGGCUGACCUGGAGAAGCUAACCUCCCUCUCUGACCGUUAUGUGAGUCACUUUGAGACCGAAGGGCCCCACAUCCUGCUCUAUUUCGACUCGGUCCCCACCUCGAGGGAGUGUGUGGGCUUCGGAGCUGUGCAGGAAGUGGCCGUGGGACUGGUGCAGCCUGCUAGUGCCACCCUGUAUGACUACUACAACCCUGAGUACAGAUGUUCUGUGUUUUAUGGGGCACCAAGUAAGAGUAAACUCCUGUCCAAAUUGUGCUCUGAUGACGUCUGCCAAUGUGCUGAGGGGAAGUGCCCUCGCCAGCGCCGCGCCCUGGAGCGGGGGCUACAAGAGGAAGACGGCUACAGGAUGAAGUUUGCCUGCUACUAUCCUCGAGUGGAGUAUGGCUUUCAGGUGAAGGUUCUCCGAGAAGACAGCCGGGCUGCUUUCCGCCUCUUUGAGACUCAGAUCAUCCAAGUCCUGCACUUCACCAAGGAUACCAAGGCCACUGGUGGCCAGACCAGAAACUUUCUCGUCCGAACCUCUUGUCGCCUUCGCUUGGAGCCUGAGAAAGAAUAUUUGAUCAUGGGUCUAGAUGGGGCCACCAAUGACUUCAAGGGAGACCCCCAAUACCUGCUGGAUUCAAACAGCUGGAUUGAGGAGAUGCCCUCUGAGCGCCUGUGCCGGAGCACCCGCCAGCGGGCAGCCUGUGUCCAGCUCACUGACUUCCUUAAGGAGUAUGGCACCCAGGGAUGCCAAGUGUGAGGCGGCUUCCCACCUCC